AUGAAAAUUAUUUUAGAAUGUUUAUCUAUCGUCAUAAUAGUGACUAUAAGUGUAACUAAUUCUUCGAUGUAUGAUGAACCGGAUCUUCAUUCUCAUUCUUCAGCGAUUAAUAAAUUUUCCAACAGAUUUUACAGCGCUUUAGCAGAACAUGAAUCAGAUAAUUUAAUUUGCUCGCCACUUAGUGUGUAUGUUGCGCUUGGUAUGGCAAGUUAUGGUGCACGUGGUAAUACCAAAAAACAAUUGGUAUCAGCUUUAAAGUUCCCUCACGAUAAAACUAUUGCUAAAAGAGAAAUUCAAUAUCUACUUGAUUCACUCAAUAAUGUGCGAAGGGCCGAGCUCAAGUUAGUUAAUAAAAUUUUCACAACGAAUAAGUUUGAAUUAAAUCCCAAAUUUAAAAAAAUAACAAAAAAGUAUUUUGGAUCUGAAGUAAAGCGAGUUGAUUUCACAAAUGUUGAAAAAACGGUUAAAACUAUAAAUAAUUUGUGUGCAAAUGAAUCAAACAAUCAUAUAACUGAUGUAGUCGAGUCUAGUGAUAUUGCGGGCGCAGAAAUGGUUUUAGUUAACGCUGUUUACUUCAAAGGAAAAUGGGCUGAGAAAUUUAAUCCUAAAUGGACCAACCCAUAUCCUUUUGAUAUCGAUGAAAAAACAACUAAGGAUGUACCAAUGAUGUAUAAUGUAGCACAAUUUUACUGGGGUCACAUUCGGGCAGUCAAAUCUCGUUUCAUCAAACUUCCUUACGAGAGCGACGAAAAAAAAGAAGCAAUCGAAAUGAUUAUUGUUCUUCCUGAUAGUGGGGUCGAUGUUCGCGAAGUUGAACAUAAUAUUUACAAAAUAAAUUUCACACAACUUGAAGGAUCCACUAUGAAGAUGGCUUUGCAUUUACCCAAAUUCAAAAUCAAAAGUAAAUUCGAUCUAAAACCAGCUUUACAAGAUGUGGGAAUUACUGAGAUAUUUGAAGACACUGCUGAUUUUUCUGGUAUUAUAAAAAAUACUAAACUAAAAGUAAGCAAAAUCAUUCAGAAAGCAUUUAUCGAAGUCAAUGAAGAGGGAACUGAAGCCGCUGCCGUUACAGCCGUAAUGACCAUGAAACACUGCCAAUUUCUAUUCAGUGGCAUAAUAGUCGCCUUGAGUAUCACCAAUUCUUUGUCCAAUUGUGUUCAAUCUGAUGAACCAGCUCUUAAAGCCGUUUCUACGGCUGCUAAUAAAUUUUCUAAUAAUUUUUACAAAGCUGUAGCAGAUAGUGAAUCGGGUAAUUUUAUUUGUUCACCAGUUAGUGUAGAUAUCGUACUAUCUAUGACCAAUUUCGGCGCACGUGGUAAUACUCAAAAACAAUUAGAGUCAUCUUUAAGUUUACCCUGUGACAAGACUGUUGCCAAACAGGGAUUUCAACAACUUAUUAAUUCAUUUAACAAUGUAAAAGGGGCUGAACUGAAGCUAGCGAAUAAAGUUUUUACUGCGAGCAACUCUAAAUUACAAUCUGAUUUUCAAGAAAUAACGAAGACGUACUUCGGAUCUGAAUCACAGAGCGUUGAUUUUACAAAUACUGAAGCAGCUGCUGCCACUAUCAAUAAUUGGUGUGCAGAAAAAACGAAUAAUCGAAUAACUGAACUAUUCAAACCUAAUGAUGUUGAGGGUUUCUUAUUGGUGCUAGUUAACGCAGUUUACUUCAAAGGAAAAUGGGCAGACAAAUUUAAUCCGGAACGGACCAGGUCUUCACCUUUCCAGAUUGAUGAAAAUACAACCAAGGAUGUGCAAAUGAUGUACAAAAUGGCAAAUUACAACUGGGGCGAUCUCGAUACUAUAGAAGCGAAAUACAUUGAACUUCCAUACGAGAGCAAGGACGAUAGUGAAGCUAUAAGCAUGUUUAUCAUUCUCCCUGACAAACAUAGUGGACUUCGUGAUGUCGAAAAUCGUAUCCACAACAUAAAUUUUUCCUCACUUGAAGGACCCAAGAGAGAGGUUGCUUUACAUUUGCCUAAAUUUAAAAUCGAAAGCAAACUUGAUCUAAAACCAAUUCUACGUAAUAUGGGCAUUACCGAGAUGUUUGAAGACUCUGCUGAUUUUACCGGUAUUAUGGAGGAUACGCAAUUAAAAGUGAGCAAAGUUUUUCAGAAAGCAUUCAUAGAAGUCAACGAAGAGGGCACCGAAGCUGCUGCUGUUACAGGAAUGGGUUUCAUUUCUAUCUCUAUGCCACGAGAAUUCAUUGUCAAUAGACCAUUUAUCUGUGCCAUCGUGAAGACAGAUACUGGAACUCAAUUAUUUAAUGCUCGUAUAGUGGAUCCCACCGCCAGUUAAUUUUGAUUUAUGUAA